ACGAAAUCGCUGCUUCUCACUGGGUUUGCUAGUAACACGACUCUUCUUAGUUUGAAGACCGCAAAAUUAGAAAACAGGAAGCAGAGAUGAAGAGCCGCCCGCUAAAACCUUCCCUGAUUGUCUCUGUGUUCAACUUCAUAUCCAAGAAAUUUACUGCAGUAAUUCAGGAGACCUAAUCCCCCUGGAAAAACCCAACGACGACGACGACGCACUGCGCCGCCUCCGCCGACCGCGGCCCUUCCCUGCCUCCCGGCCGCCGCAGCGAUUGUUUUGCGCUUUCCAAUUACCAAUACUUUCUACUACGAGUGUUGUAGAUAUAUAUGUCUGCAAUGCUGAUGGGACAUGAUGAGGGUGGAGAAGAUCACAACGUUUCAAUUCCACUUGGUGGUCCGAUAUAUGUCCGCGACAUGGUUGGCCCACUCAUACGAGCCCCAGACUUUGAAAAUUCUGUGUUUCAAGAACUUCAGAGUCUGAAAGAAGAGCUAUCCAGAGACUCUUUGGAGACAUGUGAUGAAGAAAUUUUGGUUGAUGAACUGAAAAUAAUUGGAGAGGAUGAGUUAGUCGAUAAAGCAUUUGAAGAAGCGUUUAAGGAAGGUGAAUUGGCAAUAGAUACUUCACAACGAACAGAAGAGCAUUUGAGCCCCAGGAGAACAGAUGAUAAUGGUACAUCUGGUCUUGAGCAUGGUGGUUUGCACAAUUCAGACGGGGAUAUGAAGGCAAUAGUUUCAAGUGAAUGCUCGAACGUGUUGUCCGUGAGAGCUUGUCGUGAUAAGAAAUCAAACAAAAACCCUUCAGGAAAGAGGAAGAAGAGGAGGCAUGAGAGAGAAGAGGAUAACUCUUUUGAUGAAAGCUAUAUUGCAAAGGUGGAGGAACUUGCUAGAAUUAAGCAGAAACAGGAAGAGCAGAAAGCAGCUGUGAGGCUGCAUUCAUUCGAUAGUUCGAAGGUCCCUGGUUCUGGAUCAACGGCAAAAGCUGAUAAGAUAAGAUCACUGAGAUCUGCCAGUGUUUCAACAAAGGUGAGAGCCUCAAACACUUGUGAUAAUGUACCAGUGCAAUUUCCUGAGGCUGUCCUCUGUUUUGAGGUUUACCAUAACAGGAAAACAUGGUUGAAGACUCAAGAAUUCCUGGUUCUAGGACGGCAAUUUCUGACUGAAGUAAGAGACAAAACAUAUUGUUUGACGGAUGAGAUAAUGAAGAAGGCGGGACAUAAUGAUCCUUCAGGAUAUUUCUUGAUAGAAGAUGUUUUUUAUAAUGAUAUGAGGGAUUGUUCUGCCACGGAUUACAGUAAGCCCAUACUUGAUUGGCUCGAGAACUCUAAGAAUGAUGCACUUGAAAAGUGGGAAUUCAUUGUUUCUGGUGAGUUACAACAGAAGCAAAAGGCACUUUUGGGCAGUCAAAGCAAACAACAGUUGCCACAGUUGAAAUCUGCUCACAUGCAGACUACAAGAUUCUGUGACAUAAGAUUUCGACUUGGUGCUGGAUAUCUUUACUGUCAUCAGGGGGACUGCAAACACAUAAUUGUGAUACGUGAUUUGAGGUUGAUUCACCCAGAGGAUGUUCAGAACCGAGCAGCUUAUCCAAUUCUCACUCUUCAGCAAAAGUUCCGUUAUAGGAAAUGUUCUGUUUGCAAAAUAUACAGGGCAGCAAAGAUGACGGUGGAUGAUAAAUGGGCCUUGUCGAAUCCCUGUUAUUUCUGUGACGUUUGUUAUUAUAUGCUUCAUUAUGCAAACGGGUCUCUGCUCUACAGUGAUUACUCCGUCUAUGAUUAUCAUCAUGAAUGACUACUAUUAUUUAAACAAGAAUUUUUACUGGAUGUUAAAAAGUUUUGUAGGAUGCAUGCUAUUGUAUGUAUUCUAUUCAGCUGGUAAUUGGUUUAAUAUCUGCCCGUUAAUCUUCUGUCAA